GGACUUGCUUGAUGAAAGUGGAGAGAUAAGAGCAACAGCUUUUAAAGAAGCUUGUGAUAAGUUUUAUGACAUGAUUGAGAUAAACAAAGUGUACUAUAUCUCAAAAGGUUCAUUGAAGACAGCAAAUAAACAGUACACUUCCAUCAAGAAUGACUAUGAAAUGACUUUUAACAAUGAAACCACUGUAAUCCCAUGCCAUGAAAAUGUUAAUGUCAUUCCUAUGUUGCAGUUCAACUUUGUACCAAUUAAUAAUCUAGAACAGGUUGCAAAGGAUUCUCUUGUAGAUGUUAUAGGUGUAUGUAAAAGUUCAUCAGAUCUUCAAACACUCGUAUCUAAAUCCACAAACAAGGAACUGAGGAAACGAGAUAUAUUCUUGGUUGAUCAGUCAGGAAUCGAGGUUGCUGUAACAUUAUGGGCAACAGAGGUUAGUUUUCUGACAAUCUAUUGGUCAUUGAAACUGUUGUUUUUCUGUUACUAGUU